ACACUAUGCAUCUAAAGUACAUCAUGACUUCCCCCACAGAAUUCUGGGAACCGUGGUUUGAGAACUGUAGCUCAGUGAGAGGAAAAACUACAGCUCCCAGGAUUCUUUGUGGGUGAAACUCGUGUCAUGUGUGUUGGAUGUACUUCUCCAGUAACUGGAGAAGGGACAAAAACUUCCAAGUUCCAGUCCGUUGCUAUAUACGGUAAAUCAAUCCAUUUUUGCGUGUCCUCAGAACGGAUCACUAUCCCUUAAUCCACAAACCUUUCCACCUGGGGGUGAAUGAGACCCCCUGAUUAAUUUACAGGAGGAAGAGGGAGGAGACUGGAGAAGCCACUACAGUAUUAGGCACCCGACCCCCUCCCCAAUCCUGUCCCCUUUUCUUGGUUCAUUUGGAUGAGAAAAGUCCUCUUUGCAAGGGGAGAGGAGGAGGACUGAACGGGAUCUAAGAGAUGGUUGAUUUUGCAAAGCUAGGCUGGAGCCGAGUGGCUGGCGAAUGAGUAAGCGCGAGAAGAGAACCGCGUGUUUAUAAAGUCAGAGGAGGAUCCAGCGAGAACCGCAACAUAUUGGUUCACGUCCCCUCCCCACCCCAAGAAGUAUAUUCUGUACAGUAGAGUCUUCUUUCGUUUCGCCCCGUUUUUCGUAAAGAGAGAGAGAGAGAGAGAGACAUUUUUGCAAGCGUCGGGUUUCCUCUUGCAAAGCGCGCGGUGUGGGGGAUAGGUGCGAUUUUUGAAAAGAAAGAAAAAAAGUUUUGCUUUAAAUCUGAUCGCGCUUUUGCAAGCCUUGAAUGAAUCGGAUCAGGUUGCGGAGAGGAUUGGGUCCCCCUUCUCGAGGAGAUUCAGGAUGAUGACACCUUCAACUAGUGACGACUGAGAGGCAAUGCUGUCAAACUGAGUUGCUGCUUCUCGCCAUUUUUUCCUCCCUCCUGCUCUGCUCUCUUGGAAAGUGGACCACGCCCUUCUCCUCCCUGGAGAGCUGGUAGCCUCUGUAGUCAUGGGGCCUGGCCUGUUAUUGGCAUUUCUGUUCUGUGUGUGCUUCUUGCUGCAUGAGGUGGAUUCUCUGAGCCUCACUGAGAACCCUAAGAAACAGAAGGAAGAGCAAAUGCUCCGGAUUAAUGAGGUCAAUGCAGAUAACCCAGGGAUCGACACCUUGGAGUAUGUGGAGUUGUAUCACACAAGUGGCCAGCAGACCCCCCUGGAUGGCUACUCCUUGGUCUUUUACAAUGGCAAGGGCAAUAUGGCCUACAAAGUCCAGGAUCUCGGGGGCUUUUCCACCAAUAACCAAGGCUUCUUCCUCAUGGGGUCCUCUACGGUCAUUCCGAAGCCAUCGGUGAUCCUGCCUAACAACACAAUCCAGAAUGGGCCAGAUGCUAUUGCGCUCUAUUUUGGGGCAAAGAAGCUGCAUGAGGGAAUGACCGUCACCAACAAAGGGCUGGUGGAUGCUUUGGUCCAUAAGUCUAAAAUGAGUGACAGAGCAGAUGAGCUGGUCCGUGUUCUGACCCCGGGGGUGGAGCCUUUCCUGGAGGACCCUUUCUUCAGGACCACAGAUGAGUCACUGGAGAGAUGCCAAGGGACAGAUUCUCAUUGGUUCUUCCAAGCGGGUGCGCCUACCCCAGCCAUGGAUAACCACUGCAUCCCUUUUUCUCAGCUGAACAAAUCGGACAUGUUGAUCAACGAGGUUAACGUUGUGUCGUCCCCUGGAGAGUUUGAGUUUGUCGAGCUGCAAGGCCGUCCUUCAACUCAAGUAGAUGGCCUGGUACUGGUGUUGAUUGAGGGGAGUACCCAAGAGAUUUACUUUGUGAUGGAGGUGCAUGGCAAGACGUCCCCUGAUGGGCUGCUUCUCCUUGGCCCAGGCCAGUUCAACUCCUCAGUUGACCUGCCAUUCCCCCAGAACUCUGGAAGACCCCUCCUCAGGGCAGGUGCAAAUGCUGUUGCCCUGUACAGAGGGACCCCUGCCAACUUUGCUUUGGGGGCUGCUGUGUCGGCAACAGACCUCCUGGAUGCCUUGGUGUACUCUACAGCUGAAAGCGCCCACUUGAAGCUGCAGGAUGUCUUGACUCCCGGGAAGCCACCCUUCCAUGCAAGAGAGAGCAGGUCCCAGGAAAAUGAUACCUCUGUGAACCGCUGCGUCUGUUGCUCCGUCACCCGGGAUCCCUCCGUUUAUGCUCUCGGCAAGCCCACGCCUGGGCAAUUCAAUGACUGUCCCAAGAGACGCUUUGGGCAAACCAUUUCCUUCUGCAUUCAAAUUGCAGAUUGUCAGGAAGAGUCCCUGGAUAAAAGCGAGGUACAGAUGUUUUUGUCCCAAGCCCUGGAUAAACGAUGCAACUGUGGAGUUUCUCCUGCUUAUUUCAAAGAUUCUGCUGUAGCCUGUCAGGGCCCACAACUGGUUUUCACUGCUUUCCUGACUGCCAGGUCGACAGAGCAACUCAGCAGCCUGCUGAAGGCCUUCUCGCUUCUCAUUGAGAGCAAGGAGGGGCUGCACUUUGGGAAAUGGAACGGAACAGCGGUGAAGGCUUGCUUGAGAGAUACUAACAUGACAGACGGGUCUCCAGCUCUUCCAAAACCUCCAAUGGAGCCAUUAGUAACGGAGACGACAGCUACCAGUGUGACUCUCACCUGGGACUCGGGAAAUGCCGACCCUAUCUCCUACUAUGUCAUCCAGUAUAAGUCCAAGUCAUUGGAGGGCCCUUUCCGAGAAGCAGAUGGUGUGGCAACCACCCGCUAUAGCAUUGGUGGCCUAAGCCCCUUCUCAGAAUAUGAGUUCCGCAUUAUUGCUGUAAACAACGUUGGCAGGAGUCCCCCUAGUGAGUUGGUGGAUGCACGGACAGGAGAGCAAGCUCCAUCAAGCCCACCCCUCAAAGUGAAGGCACGGAUGCUGAGUCCCAGCACCAUGGUGGUCCAAUGGGAAGAUCCUGAAGAGCCCAAUGGGAUGAUCCGUGGCUUUCGAGUGUACUACACCAUUGACCCCCAACAACCACUCAGCAAGUGGCAGAAACACAACACCGAUGAUACUCUUCUCACCACUGUAGGAGGUUUGAUAACUGGGGCCACCUAUAGUAUUCGUGUCUUGGCUUUCACCUCCGUAGGAGAUGGACCUCCUUCUGAUGUCAUUCAGAUGAAGGCCCUACAGGGUGGUAUGUCUUUUUUGGUUCCAUCUCAGCCAGCUGAUUUCCAAGCUGAGGCAGAGUCUGACACACGGAUCAUGCUGACUUGGCAGCCAGCACCUCGAGAACGUGUCACCAAGUAUGAGUUGGUGUAUUGGGAAGAGACAGAUGGAAUCCAGCAUAAGGUGGACUUUAACCAGACCUCAUCAUAUGCACUUGAAGGGCUCAAGCCGGACACACUCUACAAGUUCCAGCUGGCAGCCCGCUCUGCACUGGGCCUAGGGGCCUAUACACCAGUUUUGGAAGCUCGAACAGCACAGCACAUGGUCGUGCCGGAAAGGACAACCAAAGCAACUCCCUUGACCGAGCUGCUUAUCAACGAAGUGAAUUCGGACAACCCGGGAGGCCGAGAGGACACUGAAUACAUCGAGCUCUUCUAUCCUGGAGAAGCUUCAGUUGCUCUCCAGGGAUACUGGCUUGUGCUUUACAAUGGAAAAAACAACUUGGCUUACAAGGUGAUAAACCUGACGGGCUACAGUACCGAUGAGCGAGGCUACUUCCUGGUGGGUAGCACUGGGGUGACCCCCAAGCCCCAGAUAGUCCUGCCUGACAAUACCAUCCAGAACGGACUGGACGCUGUGGCUCUCUACCGCAGCAAUCCCAAUGCCACCUACAAAAUAAACAUGCCCCUAACCAAUGUGGGGCUGGUGGAUGCCCUGGUCUACAAGGCCCGGGGCUCAGACAACGCUGACAAGCUGCUUGCUGUUCUUGCCCCAGGCCAGAGGGUCCUGCUUGAAGAUGAUUCUCAUAGCAGCCAAGAUGAGUCCCUCAGCCGAUGUUACAGCCUGCGGCCGAGAGACCACAGCAGCUUCCAGGUGACCGAAACGACUCCUUCCAAGGAAAAUACUUGCCCACCUCCUGGCUCAAAUUCCACAGAGGAAACGCCCCAGAACCACUCAGUCGUAAUCAAUGAACUGGGCAUGGCCAACCACACCAUUCUGUACCGAUUCAUUGAGCUGAAAGGGAAUCCUGGUGUCAGCUUGAAAGGGUACACGUUGAUGUUCUUUUCCGGGCACAAUGCCAUACCAUACAGCACUAUUCAUCUGCAGGGCACAUUUGGAAGCAAUGGUUUGUUCCUCAUCUUGCCAGAAGGACAGACCAACACUAUCAAGGCUCACGAGCAACGAGUGAUGCCCUCUGUUUGGACCAACCCCUCCUUGCAACAAGUGACCCAUUCUGUGGCACUCUCCAGGCAUGCUCUUAAUGGCACUGCGGAGGAGCACCUCAAAGACGUUGCGGUUUAUACAUGGGAGACGGGUGCAAGCCAAACUCAUCCUCGUCUUUCUGAACUGAUCCACUUUGUAUCUAGGGAAGGAGACAGACCCCUGUCCUUGAGCCGCUGUCCCUCCUGCGACAAAAUCUAUGCAGUCUCUGACCCCACUCCUGGCUCGGAGAAUCACUGCCCACAGGAAUCUCUCUUUCUGAAUCUUGAAAUCUGCCUGCUGACCCCCAAUUGUUCCAUGUGGCCUCAGAACCCACAGACGUUGGCAAGUCUCCAGCAAGCAUUAGUGAGAUCCAUGGAGGAGAGCUGCUUCUGUGGCAUCAGCCAAUGCUAUCUACACGGUGUUACGUUCACCUGCCUUAAUUCCACCCUGAAAGUCUCUGGCCAGGUGUGGGCCAGGUCACCUGCACAGCGUCAGCGCCUCGUUCAGUGGCAUUCUCACUUUUCCUCAAGUCCCCACCCCUUUGCUGUGGACGGGAAGCCCCUCAAAGCGAAUGCUGGAUGUGCAUCUCUGGGGAAAACACCGCAGAGGCCUGAGGCUUCAUUUCAAGCCUGGGAGAUUGCUCUCAUUGUUGUGGGGUCCAUCUUUCUUCUACUGCUGUUAGCUGGCACAGCUUUCUAUUGCAUCAAAAGACGGCCUCAGAAUUAUACCACCAUUGAGCUGAAUGACCGCUGUGAGUUUAUGGCAGACUUCUGACUCUCGUGGGAACAGCCUUCACCAGGAAAAGGCUAUUUCUGUAACUGGUGAGAAGCAGCAAAAACCUCUGAAAAGCAGCUGUGCUGGUUGUCCAGCAUUUGCACACACGGACCAAGAAUGUAACAUUGGACGUUUGAAAAGCCCUGGGUUUAUUUAUUGUUGUUUGUUUACUUCCCAUCCUUACUGAGAGAUCCAUGAAACUUGUGUUUCCAGGACAUUUUCUGCUUUGUCUCCCCACUGCUCUUGAGUAUCUGGUGGGGGGGGGGAGUUUUGCAGAUUUUCAUAGUGAACAGCCUUGAUUUUGCUUUGUUUUGUGUAUGCAGGAUUAUAAUUCUCUUCCAGCAGUGGCUGGUCCCCAUUAGGACUGGUAGGGCAGAAGGUAGGGAGGGCCAACAGUAGGUGGCGCUAGAACCAAUGGCAUCUUCUGUUUAAAAAGACCAAUGAUCAGGUGCUGUGAAAGGCAUCUGCCAAGAACCUGGAGUGCUGCUGCCAGUCAAGAGUAGAAACUACUGGGCUAGAUGGGCAGAGAGUUUGAUUUCGUAUAUGGCAAGGGCUGUAGGUCAGUGGUAGAGCACAUCUUAGCAUGCAGAAGGUCCCAGGUUCAAUCCCUGGCAUCUCCAGUUAGGGUUGGGUGUGAGACCCCUGCCUGAAAUCCUGGAGUGUCACUGCCUGCCAGUGUAGACAGUAGUGAGCUAGAUGGCCUAAUGAUCUGUCUUGAUAGGCAGCUUCCCAUGGCUGAGGCAGAGGCAAAAAAUCCUUAGGAAAGAGUUUUAUCUGUUGCAACAUUUCAUUCUCCCCUAGAAGCAAACCAAAGACACUGGGCACCAAAUGAAUCUCUCCUCCAUCCCUUUUCUUUACGUCCGUAAUUCCCUCCUCUGUAUAGGCCCCUUUUGAGCCACUAGUUUGCACCAGUGUUUUCCUGUUUGUUUGUUACUAUCUUAAAGAUUUUAUACGGUGCUUGCAUUGGCACAUGGGACUGGAGAAAGGGUCCUGUGUUUUGAUCAGCUACUGCCCUCUGCUGGUCACCCCCCACUACAGCACCUGGUGUUUAUUAUGCUGCAGAAACAUUAUGCUGGUUCAGCAACGACUGACUUCACUGAUAAGCCUUUCUGUACUGCAAUGGCCACAUUUUUGGACCUACGGGCGCAUUUACAAACCACAGAAACCAUUGUUGUGGGCAUUACAACCAAGCUUACACGACCAGUCUAUGGGCUACAAAAGAACACUUCUUCCCAUAAUAAUUUGGGCAGAGCAGGGGAUUGUUUGGGUGCCAGGGUCCCAGUGGCACCCUGUUCUACAUGCUUGGGCAUCAUGCAUACAAAGAGCAAGUGCUGCUCUUUAUUAUUUGUGUUGUCCCUACAUCAGCUUGGGGUGGGGGCAAAUAGAAUGUACCAGUGUUUUUAGUACCAUGCUACCAGAGUUCGCCCAACUGCAUAGGCUCCCAUUUAGGGCAGAGGUAGUGUUAUGUGGUGCCCCAUAGAUAUUGUGCUCAGGUUAAUUGUGUAUAAGACUGUAGCCUUACAUGCACUUUUGACACAUGUGGAUUUGUUUUGUGGCAUUUUACUACACACCUAUGGUCCAUGCGGUCACGAAGAGUCGGACACGACUAAACGACUAAACAACAACAACAACUACACACCUAUGAUGCAGUGGUAUUUGGCUUUGGGCAGUAAAAACCUGUCUUAAGUUUUUUUGUGCUGUUUUAUUAAGGUGAAGAAGCCUUAGACAAAAACGUGUGCCUUUUUGCUUAAGGGCACAAUAAGUUGCAGUAUGUUGACAAGAGCAAGGGGAAAGUGGGAUUCCUGUUGUGUUUCCAAGAAUGCAGGUAAGUACAGAAUGGCUUCCCAAGAAAAACCUGGUUAAAAACAGAAGUCUGAAAUGUGAAGACAAUCCAAACACACAUUGUUGGAGGUGCAAUGAAACCAAAACAGGUGUAUUUACAUUUCUGCACUGUGCAAAAACAAAACCUCUCUGUAUAACAAUUAUGAACAUUAUCAUUUUAUGUAUGUUUUGAUCCAAACUUAUAAACACUGUUCCACAACUUGCAGCCAAAUCUUCAUGUAUUUUCUGCAAUGGUAAUUA